AUGACAGCCACCGAGAAAUCUGCCGAUGUUGCUCUCAGCGGCUCGAAGGAGUUUUCGAACGACAAACCUGUAGUAUCUGAAUAUGGCAGUAAGAAACCCAAACGAGAGUACCGAUUUCGGGAAGAACGGCUGGGCGUAUGGUCACUUUAUUACCCAAUCACUAAUUCGUGGAGGGAGUACUUGCCUGCUCUAGAGUCGUUAUGGGUGCUUUAUGACAUGGCUAAAUCCCUCCCUAUUAUUUGGGCAUUCGUGCUGGAAACACUCUCGCUUGGGCCCAUUUUCUUCGUCGCAUACUUCAUUUCUUCAACGCUUGUGGGAUUUCUGCCUGCUUUUCAACUGUAUAACAAUUCGAACACUCUGGCAUUUAUUGAGAGCACUAUGACCGGGAAACAUGUCGAUCGCGAGCAGUUUCGACAAAUCGCAAUCUCUUACUUCGCUGUCUUUUCCGCGGGAUUGAUAUUUCAUAAAAUAGAAGCAUAUAGUCGGCCUAUAUUACAGCAACGCGUUUCUCUACACUUUAAACAGCGUUUACUUGAAGUGCAAAGCCGCAUUGACCUCGCAACUUCUGAGAAUCCUGACGUUCAAUCCAAAACAUCGCGGGCGAGCGCUUGGUUUGCAAGCCCAUGGUCCAUUCUGGAGGGACUGGCAUCGCUUCUGGCCGUUAUAGCGGAAGCACCAUACGAGCAGCAGUCGGAUCGAUCGUGGCUUACGUAUAACGAUUUCGACGGUAUCUUUGAUGCCUUGCCUUUGCUCGCUUUUGCUUGGAUAAACAUCAGAACAGGAGGCAAAAGUGACUUGUCAUCUUUGGUCCUUAUUCAACAAGCAACCAGCUCGUUGCAGCAAACGCUUUUUGGAAUGAUCUAUGGAGGGAACAAUAUCGCCAACUUAUUCAAGAACGUCAUGUCACUCUAUGAUGUGUUAGAGCUUAAACCUACCAUGGUCGACGGAGAAAUUCACUAUCCUGAAGAGGGACAUAAAAGCCAAAAAGGAAUGGCCAUUGAAUUCAAGUCUGUUACUUUUAAGUACCCAAUGACAGAUAAAGUAAUAUUGAAAGAUAUGUCAUUCUCGAUUAGCUCAGGUCAGCUUUGCGUUAUUGUAGGAGAAAACGGUUGUGGGAAAAGCACUACCAUAAACCUUAUUACUCGCAUGUAUGACAGCACCUCAGGCGAAGUGCUGGUGGAUGGACGCCCUCUCAAAGAGUUCAAAUUAUCAACCUACAGAGAAACGACCAGUGUGAUGUAUCAAGAUUAUCAACACCUCCCUCUAACAAUCCAUGAGAAUAUUCUGCUUGGAAGGCCAGAUUGUCCGAACUCAAAAGAAGGGGUGGAAGAGGCAGCACGAUUGGGUGGAGCUUUCGAUUUUGUGCAAAAGCUUCCGCUGAAGUUUGAGACAAAUCUUGAGCCACAGCAAACAGGCUAUGUGAACACAUGGGAAGAUGAUGACGAGGAGGAAAAGAAUAUUUUUCAGAAAUUUAUUGAUUCCCAAAAGGCAACUAAGCUGAGUGGAGGCGAAUGGCAGAGGCUAGCACUUUCUAAAUCUUUCAUGAAAAACUCAGAGAAAGUAAGGCUGCUUUGCUACGACGAACCAAGCGCAAGUUUAGACCCAAAGGCUGAGUAUGAAACAUUUGAACGACUACGACAACUCAGAGGCGGGAAGACUAUGAUUUUUGUAACCCAUCGCUUUGGUCAUUUAACUAAGCACGCAGACUUGAUCCUCUAUGUGAAGGAGGGAUCAAUAGUAGAGAAAGGGACACAUAAGCAAUUGCUUGAGUUAGAUGGCGAAUAUGCCAAGGUGUACAGGAUCCAAUCUCAAGCAUUCGAGGAUUAA